GCUUCUUGGCCCUCCGGAACUCUACACCUCACCUUCUUCUGCUGCCGCCCCGCCGGAAAGUGAUCUCUGACUCCUUCAUGCAUCUGAUGCUGAAAGGAUUCAACGCAGCUGGAAACAGUGUCAUGGGAAAGCCGGUGAUGGGCAGGACGGAGAACGAAUCGCACACCUAUAUCUCUCCACCGGAAACCCGUGCUUAGACUUCUUCUAUCACGUCGUCCCGGACACUCCGGCUGGCACCAUCGACGACUUGCUUCAGAACUCGUGGGCUCACAAUCCCCUGACGACGCUCAAACUCAUCUGCAAUCUCCGGGGAGUCGGCGGCACCGGAAAAUCGGAUAAGGAAGCCUUCUACGCGUCCGCACUGUUGCUUCACUCGCAUCACCCAAAAUCCCUAGCUUGCAAUUUGGAGGGAAUCGCGAGAUUCGGCUACCUCAAGGACUUGCCGGAGAUUCUCUACCGACUUCUGGAAGGCGGUGACGUUCGUCAGAAGGAGCAGCGACGUUACCGGAGGGAAGAGAAAAAGAUCAAGUACAUACGUUUUGGCGGGAAGAAGAAGAAGCUUAAUAAAAAAUAACAGAAAAAGAAGAGGAUGCUUUUGACGGAGGACCAAAAGGAAGCAAAGACAUUAACGAUCCAGAAGAGGACGGAAGAGGAGAAGGCGAAGGCGAAGCUCAAACGAGAAUCGAAGAGGAUCGAGAAGGCCAAAAAGGUCAUCGAGAGAUACAAUCGCGACGCCGAUUUCAGAUACUUCCACGAUCGAGUCUCAGAUCUAUUUGCGCAGUUUCUUAGGAGAGAUUUGGAAACCCUAAAACAGGGGUCUUCUCUGAAUCAGCUCAGUCAUUCCGCAAUGCGGUGCCCACCUCUAGGUUCAUCCUUCGAUGGAUCCACUCUGUUAUGCGAAAGCAUCUCUAGGAAGCUUUUCCCGAGAGAACAGUAUGCCUACCGCGUGAGGGAUCGUUUGAGGAAGGAAUUCCUCGUCCCUCUCCGUGAUGCUCUCAAAUCGCCGGAGGUCUCAAAGGAUUGGGAUAUUCUCCUCCCUCACCAGAUCGCCAAAUCACUUUCCGACGACCAUGGAGGUGCGCUUGCAGAUUUACUGUGGAACAGAAUGGUGAACGAAUUGAGCAGCAAUGGAGUGAAGAAGCUUAAGAAUUGUCUCGCAGUCUGUGACGUUUCUUUUGCCCUGGAUUGGAAGGAUAUGCCUGCGGCUUCAUUAGCUGCAUGUUUGGCUCUCGGCGUCCUAGUUUCGGAAUUGAGCGAGGAGCCGUGGAAGGGGAAGCUCAUCACCUUCAGUGAAAAACCACUACUUCACACGAUCAAGGGAAACAACAUUCUGUGCAAUGUAGAUUUCGUGAAAAACAUGGAAAUAGAAUAUACCAAAGAUUUUCAAAAAGUAAUCGACAUGAUCCUGGAAGUGGCGGUGAAUGGGAAUCUGAGGGAAGACCAGAUGAUCAAGAGGCUGUUUGUGUUCAGUGACAUGGAGUUCAAUGAAACCCCGUCAUUUACCCCGGAAACGGAUUACCAGGCGAUGGAGAGGAAGUUCCGGGAGAAGGGGUACUGGAACUGUGUGCCGGAGAUUGUUUUCUGGAACUUGAAAGACUCGAAAUCGACGCCGGUUUUAGGGAAUCAUAAAGGAGUGGCGUUGGUUAGUGGGUAUUCACAGAAUUUGAUGAAGGUGUUCUUGGAGAAGGAGUUUAUUACUCAUCCUCUUGCCGUCAUGGAGUUUGCCAUAAUGCCAUUUCAGGAGAUGAGUACAAAAACCUUGUGGUAAUUGAUUAAUUUCGACUUUAUAAGAAGGAUCCUUACUCCUGAGUCUCUCCUUUGCUUAGUAGUAAGGUAGGGUAUCUAGCUUUUGGGGAGUUUUGCAAUUCUCAGUGCAAAUAUUGCAAAAAGACAGGAGAUGGUUUACGCGUAUGAAAAAAGAAAUUCCGAAAGGUGUUUCCUGAUUUAAUAAUACUACGUAAUAUUUAAAAAAGUUGAUCGAAAUGCCAAUGGGUAUCCUGCUACUAGGAGGUGAAGGACACGCAGUUCGCUCACCGUUAGUGCCGCCGGGAGGCUCGGAGUAUUGCCGUGUAGUUGCUUUGAGGUUGCCUUCGGAUGACUUCUAGUUCAACCGAAAGCGGGUGAAGGUGCCACUUACUAUCUGCUAGCUGCCGUGGGAGGUUUCUUGUACCGCUGGAAGUAACUUUUCGGACGACGUUCAAACUUGCUCCUCAUUGUUGACCGAUUGGCGAGAGAACAACGGUGAAUGUGCGGAAAACAUUUUUGGAAGGUGAUGGCGUGAUUGAUCCUCUUGUCAUAAUGGAGUCUCCCAUUUCUGGGGGAGUGUAUAAAAAUCUUGCGGUCUUUGAUUGAUUUGAUCAUCCAAGUAUAAAUAACAUGGGAAAAAAUUGCUCAACAACAUUAGGAUUGACAAGGAUUGUGGAUUUGGAAAAAUCCAUUUCUGCCCCGAGCGGCCGAGCCAGCUACAUAUCUUUCAAGCUAUUUUAAAGUGUCACAAUCUUUCUCCCUAACUCUUUGAAAAACAGAUAACUGUCGUCAAUAAAAAAGAUACUCUGGAGGGCUCCUUUUGUCACAGAUAUACCCAUUAUGUUACCUAUCCUUUCCUAGCACCUUAUCAAUGCACCUAGCCCCCUUUCGCCACUAAAAUGAAAAGGAAAGGUGAAAGAGAGUCACCUCGCCUUAAAAGAGUUUCUUAUUAGAGUUUUUGUCACUUUUACCCUCCGACUAAUAUGUAGUGACACUUUUAAUUGUCGAUUUUGAUUUUUCGCUUUUAGUCAUUUGACUAUUUUGCAAGAGAAGUUUUUGGUAAUUGCCUUUGAAACUUUAGUAGUCAAGUACUAAAAGUGUAUCUCUCAUAAUUAUGGGUGGACUCGGGCUGGGUCAGCCGGGGUCGGGCCUAGGUCCGAGUGGGCCGCCGGUUCUGAAUAGGUGGGCCCGGGACUGGCCUGGGUAGCCACCGGUUCCGGGCCGGGCCGGUUCCGGCCUCAAGUCAUUUUUUUUUCCUUUUCCUAUUUAACCCCCCUCCCACCCCCAACCCCCAAAUCACCCCAAAUGGCCCAAAAUACCCAGUCCAACCCGAAAAAGUUAAAAAAAUUGAAAAAAUAAAUAAAAAAUAAAUAAAAAAUCCCGGAAUCGGGCCCGAAUCGGCCGAGCCGGUUCGACUUUUGGGUGACCCGAGCCCGCACCGGGAACCCCCCACGCCGGGCCUACCCGGACCGGUCACAAGACGGGCCACUGGGCCGGGCCGGUUCAGCACAGUACCGGUCCCGGGCCGGUUCCGGGUCGGACCACCCGGGCCGAGUCCAUCACUACUCAUAAUAUAUGAAUAAGUAAUAGUGGGAAAAAUCAAAGUUCAGUGCGAAAAGUAUCACUUUGGGGAAUGGGGAUGAAAAGUACAAAACAGCUCUUAAAAUUAACAAGCAAGAGCGGUUUUACAGUUGCAUUCCAAUAUCUUAGCUUUAUAGUUGGAUUUUUAAUGUAAUAUAUUAAUUAUUCAAUAAUUAAAUGUAUUUGGUAAUGGCCAUUUUAGUUCAAACUU